CUCUGUGGUAAUCACUAGUAUAGGUUUUGUUGGGGAGAUGCGGGGGGAGACAUAUAUGUUCUUUUUUGUCCGUGUUGCUCGUAGGAUCUGACUGACACGCCCUUCUUUGGUUGCAGCGGGGAGGGAUGAGCAGGCGCUGGAGCAGGACGAUCUAUGUUGGCAACCUCCCUGGGGAUAUCCGGGAGAGGGAGGUGGAGGACCUCUUCUACAAGUAUGGCCGUAUUGUUGAUAUUGACCUGAAGGUUCCUCCAAGGCCGCCUGGCUAUGCUUUUGUUGAGUUUGAAGAUCCUCGUGACGCCGAAGAUGCCUGUGCUGGAAGGGAUGGGUACAACUUCGAUGGAAAUCGUCUAAGAGUGGAACCUGCUCAUGGUGGGAGAGGUAGUGGUGGCCCCUCUCAUGAUCGUUCUAGCAGCUUUGGUGGUGGUGGCGGCGGCAGUGGUGGCGGACGCCGGGGUGUCUCCAGGCACACGGAUUACCGUGUUCUGGUUACUGGCCUGCCUUCUUCUGCGUCCUGGCAAGAUUUAAAGGACCAUAUGCGAAGGGCUGGUGAUGUUUGUUUCGCAGAAGUGUAUCGUGAAGGCGGCGGCACCAUAGGAAUUGUGGACUACACAAACUAUGAUGAUAUGAAAUAUGCUAUAAAGAAACUGGAUGACACUGAAUUCAAGAAUGCAUCUACUACCACUAUAAAAGAAAGAGAGGGGCAGAUCCAAACAAUCCCACCCAUCCAUCAUCAAGAUCUAAUGGCCCUUAAUCAUUCUGUGUUUAACGCUACCAACCACGCCCUUAAUCGAUCGGUAACCCACCCCGCCGUUGAAAAAAAAAGAAAACCGUACGCACGAUCUCUCGCCCCGUCCGCAGGACCUCUCGCCCCAUCCUUCUCCUCCCACGCCGUUCGCCGCCCGCGGCACGCGAGAGCCGCCCUUCGCUGCGGGAGCCGCCGCAGGUCGCCGCCCGUCGCGCCCUUCGCCGCGGGAGAAAUGGAGCCGCCGCCCGUCGCUUGCCGCGGGAGCCGCCGCAGGUUGCCGCCUGUCACGUCCUUCGCCUUGUCGCGCCCUUCGCCGCGGGAGAGCCGGAGCAGCCGCCCGUCGCGCGCCGGGGGAGCCUCCUCAGGUCGCCGCGGUAGAGCCGGAGUCGCCGCGAUCGUGAGCAGCCGCCCGCCGUCCUCCCCUACGCGGUCGAACCUUCCUUCGGCCCCUCCUCGCGCCGCCCCUCUCCUUUGCCCCGGCCGUCAAGACCCCGCGGUCGCUUCACCGGGUUGCGGCACCGCCCCAUCCUUGAGGUGGGAUGACCAAAUCCAGAAUCGCCUUACCUAACGGGGAUGGACUGGAGAUUUGCAUCCAAUCAGCCAAUCAGGCCUCCCACAUCUCCACUAAGUGCAUCUGAACACAUGACUUCUUGCACGGUAUGUGUUCGACGAUUUUUCUCUGAAGGCACAAGUUGCUGCUAUGUUGAUUCAACCUUUGGGUAGCAUUCUGAUUAAAGUGAUUUGGUUUCUUUUUUCAACCUUUGGGUUGUAUUCUGAUGGAAGUGAUUUUGUUCUUCCAAUCUAUGUGUAGAAUGUUCUGUUUGUGGAGCAAGUAGGCGAACCAUUGGAGCGACGUGAUACUCCAUAUUGGCAUAAUCCCACUAAAUAGCAUGGUUAAUGAUUCCGAUUUUAGCAUCUAAUAAUUUUUCCAAUUACUUACAACUCUUAUUCAUAUAUGGUUAUUUGCUGUAAUGUACAGAACAUUUUUCAUAUAUCAUGACCCUUUGCAGUGUUUAUUUGGAACACAAGAUUCCUAAUUUUUGGACCUGUACACAACCAGAUUUUGGGGAUUUAUAAUGUGAGUGAGUUAUUAUGUUACUUGAAUCGGUGUACGUAACCUGGUUUUGUUGGGGCUUGGUUUUCAGUGAUUCCAACAGGUCAGUGACUUUCCACGCUCUCAGACAACAACAUUCUUAAUUCAAACGGUGAUGUGAUUUUAUCCAUAUGAAUAUUGUGUUAUCGUUUGUUUUAAUUCAAGUGAUAUUACACAUGUAGCUUGCUGGGUAUAUUUUACAUAUUCACUUUUGGAAAUUUCUUAGAGAUUAUGGAUGACAGCAGACAACAUUGCAGAUACGUUGCAGCUGGGCACCCUGAUCAGGUUUCCUUUUUGGAAAUCUGGUCCAAGCCCCACUACAGUUUUAUAUAAGGAUGUUGGAGGCAGCAUCGGAAGAGAUAAGUCUGCGGGAAUCUUGUCCAAACUCCACAUCGCUGUCACCGAACAAAGUUGGAGGUACAAUUGAAAGAGACCAGCCAGAUUCUUGUUCCGGGUAUUAAAAAGAAAACCUGGCUAGAGAUUUCAUGCCAUGUCAUUCCAUUUAUGUUUGCUUGUGUGCUUAUCAUAUCUGAUUACAUGAUUGACAUUUAUUUCAUAAUUAGUAUAUACUUUGACACAUGAUAUGUUUUGCUUUAUUUAUGAACAACAGGAUACGUUUACUUUUUGUGAUCAUAUAAGUGAACAAACAUAGCCAAUGGUUAAAGUUUAUAUCUACUAUGUAUGUAUAUUUUUCAUUCACACAUGUCUCACUGCCUUUUAAGCACUUAAGAGAGCAGAACUGGAGAUUGCUCUCAUUAAAUGUGAACAAAAUUGAUGUUCUUUUUUUUGCAAAAUAGUAAAUACUGUGUUCUCUUGAUUGUUUUUUGUCUUUUCAGUUUACCUGAAUCUAAGAAGUCCGACCAUCAAUUAAUGAGAGAUUUUUGCUUCUAUCAUUCAUGGAACCAUUGAAAUGAAAUACAUACCUUGGCUCAACCAAUACUUCACAAUCUUUUUGCCCAAAGCAAACAGUAUCAUUAUUUAUAUGUUCUAAAUUAAAAUAUUUUCGCUUGUGUGCUCAAUUAAAAUUUUACCGCUUAAAGGAAAAGAAACCAUUUUUAUCACUCCUACAGUUCACAGGGAGAGAGAACAAGAAAGAAAACCUUUCACCAAAAUCUUGUCUUCCUACUUACUUUUACUUACCAAGAAGAAUCAACAAUAAUUGAAUCUUUUAAGAAAAUGGAUAAAAGAUCAUUUUUAGUUAGUAAUGUACAACUCCCAACUUGUCUCUUUUACUUCUUUUUCUGUGCAUGUGCACCCUGUUGAAUGGUGUUGUACUUGUACAUAAUGGAAUUGCAAGCAAAACAAUGUUAUGGAUGGUCUACAAGAUUAUCUGGAUGAAUUCAUCUCCAGGGUAAAAGAAGGUAGGCAAUGUGCAUGACAUUUGAUUUGAAAUAAUAUUGCCUUGAAAAUGUAUGAGUGCUUUCUUGGCAUCUGACAUUGCAGAAUCAAACAUUGAUGCAUACCUUUGUAAAUUCUCUCGGGGAGAAAAAGUAUAAUUUGCAAGUUGCAACAUUGAUUCCAAAAUACAUGGUGUUCACACAUAUCUAUUUUAUGUAGUUUGUGAUAAACCAAAAUGUUCAGAGUUUUUGAAAGCACCAUCAAUGGUCUCUAUUUAUAUGGAGAUAAGUUAUGAAAAAAUGAGGUUCAACAACUUUGAACCUAUCUCUUGCUAGAUGUAAGGGCCUGAAAACAUGGUUUCAGGUCUAUAUGAUGAAUGUUACCUUCGCUGUUUCUUUUGUGUGUCAUCUUAUAUUACCAUCAACAACUAUAAGUAUAAGGUAGUAUGAGACAUGCACACAAGGUGUAUUUGAUUGGGAGUGGAUGUAUCUUUUAAAAGAGCAUUAGCAGAGACGUGCGUUGCACGUGCAAGCUUACUAGUUUUCUAAAGGUUAUAUAAGGGUAAGCACUUGCUUGAAUCCUAGUCAGUCCUGGGAAUCUGGUUCAUGAGGCUAACCAUGUGCCUUCUCUGCAGGUGAAGGAAUAUGAUGGCAAACGUGGGCGCUCCUACUCACGUAGCCGGAGCCCAAGUCGUAGCCGCAGCAAAAGCAGGAGCCCAAGCAAAUCUCCCAGGGCCCGCUCAGCAUCUAGGUCCAGAUCAAGGUCUCUUUCUUCCCGUUCUUGUUCAGCAUCAAAAGGACGUUCUCCAUCAAGACACCUUUGAUAAUGUUGGCACAUGAUAAUGUCGGACUGCAUGGGGAUUUCCUUCUCAAGAACUCAGUUUAUGCUACAAACGAUAUGAACUGCUUAGAUUCUUGUGUUUUUUGAAGACUUCUCUUCAUUUUAUCUGGGAUUGUGCGGCGAUCUGGGGAUUGCACAUUAGGAUAUUGAGGAUGGAAUUUGCUACAAUUGUGUUGGUUGUAUGAGAGCUUGGGCAUAGCGCAUUUUUUGGAAUUCUGGACAUAAGAACCUUAAGGAAUGACGAUAUGGAUUAUGAUGGUACAGUGACUAGGAAUUUGCUUGGGAGUCCAAUGCAUGAGGAAUGAGUUUGCUUCCUACUUGUACUCUCCACAUGGUUGUAGUUCGCAUGCACUAAUUGCAUUCAGUACCAGAUGUUUGCAUUUCCUUGAGCUCUUUUCGCUUUCAUCUGGUUAGUCCAAUACCGGAUCACCAGCAAGAUCCAAAUCCCCAAUUGCUUCUCCGGCAAACGGUGUAGUGGCAAGUCCAGCGGCAAGCCUGAAGAAACGCAGUCCAAGCAGGAGUCCAUCUCGUUCACGGUCACUUGAUGCGAAAUCUGAAUAGAAGCACUGCACCGGGGCAGAUGAGGCGUGUGCUCAGGUCUAGAUAUUUGUUGUCCUCUAUGCUUCUUGAGAAUUACCUGGAUGUCAGCAACUGUCCAAUGAGGCUCCUUUAUUGUAUGAACAGUGUCAACUUGUAUUGCUGAAGACAUCGAACUUGAGCACUAUCAUAUGCGAUGCCUGCAGCCAGUCUUUCAUUCAACUAGUACUUUGUCUGUUAAAUGUUAUUUCGUGGAUUCUGUUCAAAAAUUCAUGCAAGACGUUUGUGUAUUCCUGUUU